UACCGGCUAUUCUUUCGCAAACUUUUCCACGGACAAGAUGUCGGCUACUGAAGGCAAAGUUAUUACCUGCAAGGCUGCUGUGGCAUGGGAGGCCAAGAAACCGCUGGUCAUUGAAGAUAUUGAAGUUGCACCACCACAGGCCCACGAAGUUCGUAUCAAGAUCACAGCUACAGGUGUUUGUCACACAGAUGCCUUCACUUUGAGUGGAGCUGAUCCGGAGGGACUUUUUCCGGUAGUUCUGGGCCAUGAGGGUGCCGGCAUUGUUGAAAGCGUUGGCGAAGGAGUGACCAAGUUUAAGGCUGGAGAUCAUGUAAUAGCUUUGUAUGUUCCCCAAUGCGAUGAAUGCAAAUUCUGCAAGAGCGGAAAGACGAAUCUAUGUCAAAAGAUUCGAGUUACCCAGGGAGCUGGCGUCAUGCCUAAUGGCUCUUCAAGGUUAUCUUGCAAGGGUCAACAGUUGUUCCAUUUCAUGGGCACCUCGACGUUUGCCGAAUACACCGUUGUGGCAGAUAUUUCGUUGACCAAAGUGAAUGAAAAGGCGCCAUUGGAGAAAGUUUGCCUUCUGGGCUGUGGAAUAUCAACAGGCUAUGGAGCUGCUCUGAACACUGCCAAGGUCGACGCUGGAAGCACUUGCGCUGUCUGGGGUCUAGGUGCGGUUGGUCUGGCCGUGGGAUUGGGCUGCAAAAAGGCCGGUGCUGCUAAAAUCUAUGGCAUUGAUAUUAAUCCUGAAAAAUUCGAAUUGGCCAAGAAAUUUGGCUUUACCGAUUUUGUCAAUCCCAAAGAUGUGCCCGCCGACAAGGGUUCGAUCCAGAAUUAUUUGAUUGAUCUGACCGAUGGAGGCUUUGAUUAUACCUUCGAGUGCAUUGGCAAUGUCAAUACCAUGCGUUCGGCUUUGGAGGCCACCCACAAAGGAUGGGGCACUUCGGUUAUUAUUGGUGUUGCUGGCGCUGGUCAAGAGAUUUCUACACGGCCGUUCCAAUUGGUUGUUGGUCGCGUGUGGAAGGGCUCAGCUUUUGGUGGCUGGCGUUCUGUAUCCGAUGUACCAAAACUAGUGGAGGAUUACCUGAAAAAGGAUCUUCUUGUUGAUGAGUUUAUUACGCAUGAAAUGUCUUUAGAAAAGAUCAAUGAGGCGUUCGAACUGAUGCACAAAGGCGAGAGUAUUCGCAGUAUCAUUAAAUAUUGAAAAGGAGGGACGGGCCGAGCCUAACCCACACUUUUUUUUUCCAUUUUUAUAAAAGUCGUAGUAUGUGUGUGGAAUAAAAAGCACUUGCGCAUAUUAAUCGUA